AUGAACACAGCCGUUCCGCCCCUCUGCGAUGGGGUUUCAUUUACCCUUUGCGAUGAUGACGUGUAUGCCUUCGGGGGCGCAGUGCCGGAAAUCAUUUGGCGUUUGCAUCUAGUGACGCGCACUUGGUACGAGACACCGUGCACGGGCGUUGUACCUGACCCGCGUAAGGGUCAUGCAGCGGUGAGUUUUGCCGGCAACUUGCUUAUAUGCGGUGGGGAGCCGCUGCAGCCAUCGUCGUUGCAGCCGCCGAGGCUGAUGCCAUACUACGAGUUGUCAUUGGACACCCUUAAUUGGACGCUUAUCGAUACAUUUGGUGCCGUCCCGCUGAAUCGCUCGCAUCACUCCUGUAGCAUUGUGGGCGAGAGCAUGAUUCUGCUCGGCGGCAAACCUGUCCUGCCUACUGACGACGGUGCGGUGACAAACGAACGCAUGAGCGGGUUUGUCCGGGCGGGUUUCUAUGACGUGCACAUUCUAGAUAUCGUCUCUCGAGCCUGGCGGUCGGUGGUUGCGGUUGGCCCGGCGCCACAGCUUUGGGGCCACUCCGCCGCGGUUUAUGCCCAAAAGUAUAUUCUUUUCUUUGGCGGCGUGGAUGUGGCGACAAACGACACAACAGCCAUCAGUGGCUACGGCAACCCGCAUCACCGGCACGACCCACCAGUGGCGAAGGUCUCAGACAAACUCUACCUGUUAGACGUGGAGCAAAUGGUGACGCGUGUUAUCUCCCCCGCAGUGCAUUAUUCAACCUUGCCGCGCGCCUUUCAUGCUGCCCACGUGAACGGCUCCAAGAUGUAUGUUCUCGGCGGGCUGAAUAUCGACAAAAAUGGCAAGGUGGCUGUUUUAGAUGACUUGUGGGUGUACGAUGUCAUUGAGGGCAAGUGGAAUGUGCUGGAGGUUCCCAUGCAGCUUCCCGCGGCGGUGCGGAGGUUGUCCUUUGUGUACGACUCACAGAUUGUUGUUGUGCCGAGCACAACCUCCAUGUGGUACCUGGACGUGCACGAGAAGUCUGUGGUGAAGGCGUGGAAGGAGGUCCCCACAUCACACGUGACGGUUGCCGCGCUUCCGGCGACAAGCGAGGCCGAGGAAUACAACGAGUUUUUCAACCCGAGACGCAGUUCGGUGUGCGACGACGCCCCGCAUGCGGAGGAGAUGGCGGCGGCGCAGUCCGUACUGCCGCCGGCGACGCCCAAGACACCUCCCAUGAUGCCCACGGCUCGAAUGGACAUGCUCAUGGAUGAGAUUCAUCAGCUGCGGGAGCUGAUUCUCGCACACCACAGCCCCCAACCGCCUGCGCCACAACAACAAAAGUCCGAGGAGAAUCCGCCACCCGCGACAGCCAAAGAUUGUUUCUCUCCUUCGAGGGAGAAGAGCGGAUCAGCAAAAACAAGGGAGAGGCGCAUAAGGGAGAAAGAGAGGCUGAAGGAGCUGGCGCGGCAGAAAGAGCAGAUACUGCAGUUAACGCAACGUCUUGAAAAGUUAUUGGCGCUGCAAAGGGCGAGCAAGCAAGAGGAACCCCCGCUGCCCCUUGCGAUGGAGCAGCAACCGCCUCGGCAGGCGCCAAGUGAGGCACUGAAGGACCCCCCCAUUCGUGAGGUCGCGGAGUGCAGUGAGCGUGAUGUCUCCAUGCCAUCGUCUCAGCCCUCGCAGGGCGAUGCCUCGCGGCCGCCACAAGGCAACGGUGUGGAUACGAAUGCAACGGCAUCUCGCAGCAGCCAUGACGCCACCUCGGGACGAUGGACGGAGCUUAUCGGCAUUCUAAAAAACUCACCGUCGUCGUCUCCAUCGAAGGCGUUCCAGGCGAGUGUUGUUAUACUUUAA